AAUGCUACAUUUAUGAGGAGCUGGACAAAUGAAUAUGAAAUGAGUCAUACCAGUAAUUAAAUCAGCACAUUAUUCCAUUAGCUGACUGCGUACUUAGUUGUAUGGCGUAAGGAGUGGAUGUAGAUGCUUCUGGAAGCAGAUGUUACUGGCAGCAGGUGGAGCAGGUGUCCCUGUUGUUGCAGCAAGCAGGCAGAUGAGUGCAAAGCUCUGGAGCAGAUGGGCAGCCGAGUGACUUAAGGGAAACGCUGCACAAUCAGACGUGUCAGAGAAUCACAGGUGCUGAUCCUCGGGGGAAUCCCCAGCGGACGUGGAAGAUCCAAAUCACAACAGAGUAUUACCUAACCGCAACGGAAUGAUUUAUCUACAAAGGAGCCUGUAAAUACUGGGAUUGCGUAAUCAAUAGGAAUCAUUCAGCCAGUGGCAGAUUGCUGUGCACAAAAAUCUAGGUGUUCCAUGACAACAGGAACGAAACAGCACAGUUCGUGACAAAAUUAUAAGGUUACGGUCAAUGACGCUAAAUGUGAUGGGCUGCUUUAAAAGGCUGGCACGUCGACAAAGCCCUUAAACAGAUGGCCAGCCUAAGCAGGAGAAGCUGGCGGAGCUGGGAGUUAUUAAAGGGGAGCGCAGACCGACCGAUCGACCGACCGUGUGGCUGAGCGAAGUUUGCGGAGCGGAGGAGCGGAGCGGAGCGGAGGAGCGAGGUUGAAGAAAGCCCACCUGCUUCCGGGGUCCUGUUGGAUGUCUAUUGCUGCACCAUCGAGAGCAUCAUCACCAACUACAUCCUCACUGACGGAUUACGGGCUUGCAGCUGCCCACGAUUGAGAAUGUCUCCCUCAACCGCCGUCGGAGGAGAGCAAGGGGAGUUAUCAGAGGUGAGCAAGUUGAGACACUGAAGACCCCCGACCCCCCCUCAGCGCUAUACCCAGGUCACGCUCCUCCAUCCAUCGGCACUGGCAGAGCACUCGUCAGCCAUUCAGGGCCUCCGCUGCCUGUCAAGCACACUGGUAGUUUAAAGAGACAUUUUUUUGGACAGGUUCUUGGAAGCUGCUGGGCUGGAGGAACAGAUGACAGGCUCUCGGUUCCCUGCUCGCCGACGGGGUCCCUCUGCAGCCCACUAAUGAGCGGCUGUCUGUGCUCGCAGCUCCAUCGUGUUGUCGGGAGGUGCUGUCGCACACGGUCGCAUCCUCCCGCCCCUCCUGCUGUUUAUUCGGGUUGCCCCCCGCCCCUCUGAAUAUCAGGCAGCCUGUCGUUUUGUCGGUUUGCAUCUGCAGCCGCGUGGCAUGUGACAAGGUGCGCUGGGAUUGGCUGGGUUAUUUAUCUGUCCGCUGGGCCUGUCCUGUCGUGUCCCGUCGGUGCUGUAGUUAAUGUGGCAUCAGUGAAAUAAAUAGACCUGUCAUCAGCCCUCCCCUCCCAGGUCAUCUGGCUCUGAGGGAAUCAUUGGUCUCUGCCCAAGUCCAAACGUUCUCAUCAGAACCUCUCCCUCCCCCUGGCCUGCUUUGGCCAAUCUGCUCAGCCUCCCCAGCUUCCAGACGGUCUGCAAGUUCUGCCAGCAGCCUGCGUGGAGGAUGGACGAUGUCCCCACGCUGGACUAUGAGCUGCUGUCUGCGGGGCCCUCGCACCCGGGGCCACCCAGCAGCCCUCCACUGGCCGGCGACGCCGAACAGAAGACAGCCUUGGCCUUCGUGGGUCUGCUGCUGCUCUUCUUGGUCUUCCUGCUGGUGCGCUGCUUCCGCAUCCUCCUAGACCCCUACAGCCGCAUGCCUGCCUCAUCCUGGACUGACCACAAGGAGGGGCUGGAGAGAGGUCAGUUUGACUAUGCGCUGGUCUAGCCAGCAGAGGAGGAGGGCGGACCGUGCAGACGCCUGCCUUAACCCCAGCUGCAAACCUGACCUUCAGCCUAACUCUGACCAUCAUGACAAGCAGCCAGAAACACUACACCCCAGAGCAGACCUCUUCACCUCAGUGUCACCUUAGCUGUCGUGCGUCAAUGGGGUCACGGGAGCCAGCGUAAGCGUUCACUGUUCUGACAUUAAUCACCGCAACUCUAAUGUUACAAACACUAUAGAUGUACCACUGAUGUUCCAAGUCAGUGUGGACCGCCAGUCAAAAUAUAUGUUGACGUUUACAGUAACACACUUUAGCUUUCAGGAGGAAGUUUAGUAGGCGUUUCAGGAGGGAGAUGCGAGGUGCAUCACAUCACGUUGUACACAACGAAGACUCGUUAAAGUAUAAUCACCUGGAUUACAUAGAUGGCUUCUCCGCAUGAUCAUACAUAUUGCUAAUAUGUUUCCUUUUACAUGUCUUCAUGGAUUUUCGAUAGCAAUGCUGUUUAAAGUAGCUACGUUCCCUUUAAGAAACCUCGCAUCCCUUUAAGACAUUUUCUAUAGCGACAGCAGUGUUAAAAAUUCAGAGAUUGUUGGCUUCAAAUGGAAUAAUUAUCUGACUGAAAAGCCAUAUAAACUUUUAUUUCAUUUUAUUCUGUUUACUGUACAGUUCCCCCGCUGCUGAUCUACCUGCUGAAGCGUAGUGAUGAUGUUGUGAUACAGUGGGCACUUUUAGAGACCUCAGAUAUGCUUUAUUUUUGUAUCCUGACUCCGCUUUGGAGUCCCUUUUUACUAAUGUCCAAAGUGUUUUCUCUGAUUUGUAACUCCUGAGUAUGUUAUUGGAUUUUGAGGACAUGGAUGCUUUAGACAAAGUUACGGGGAUGAUGCAUGAAUGACAUUACAUUUUAAGGUUUGGAAAUUUUGGAUAUAGUCUAGUCAGUGCUUCCCAAUCCCGUCCUUAGGGACCCGCAGUCUGCCCACAUUUUUUCUCCUCCCCAGCUCCGUACCAGACAGUCCACAUUUUCAUCCCUCUCUUAGCCUGGUAGGAGGAACAUAUGGACUGUCAGUGUGUUCCCGAGGGUCGGAUUGGGAAACACCGGUC